AUGGCGAAGAAACCGCUCGUCGUUUGCGUUACCGGUGCCGCGGGGCAGAUCGGAUAUGCGAUCACCCCGAUGAUCUGCAACGGGGACAUGUUUGGUAAGGGUUUUUCUUGGGAGAUUGAUGGAAUUAUGCAACCAGCACAAGCAGUUCAUCUGUUCCUGUAGUACUCUACCUGGCAUGAAUAUUAAAGCCGGGAUGAUGUUGAUGAAUUGUGUUGUCACAUGGAUCAUCAAAUGCUAUAUAAAUUUGCAGGUGCGGACCAGCCUGUGAUUCUUCAUCUACUCGACUUGCCAUUCGUCAUGGAGUCUCUGGGUGGAGUGGUAAUGGAGAUCGAGGAUGGCAAUUACCCUCUGGUGUACGGGGUCGUUGCCACCUCCGACCCAGCAAAGGCCUUCACUGGGGCAGACUGUGCGGUGCUGCUUGGCGCCUUCCCAAGAAAACAAGGUAUAUAGCACAGAUAGAACACUGAAAGUGAACAUGAAGCUUUUUGUGAAGCAAAACAUGAAGUGAUAGCUGCUUCUGUCAUGCUGGACCUCGCUCUGGUGCUGCUGCUGCACAGAGCCACUGAACAAAACAGAUGAAGAAUUGUCGAUAUAGGAAGAUUUUCAGGAGGUAUUCUUCUAGAAUGCUAUUUUUUGCAUGCGCAGCAACGUGGAGUCAAAGGCCCACCCUUAGACGCGCCGUUUCCUUAAAUCAGGUAUGGAGCGCAAGGAGCUUAUGGAAAAGAACAUCGGGAUCUUCAAGGCCAUGGGUGAAGCCGUGGAGAAAAACGCGAACCCUAACAUCAAAGUCUUGGUCGUCGGAUAUCCUGAGGAAAAACGUUCCCAGCACCUCAUAGUCAAGGUUGAGACUUUGCAUCACAGACCCUGAAUUUUUGGAAUUCACGCAUCAUGACAAGUUUCUCUCUGUAUUGUAGUGCAGAUUAGCAAUGACAGCCGUAUCAGUCGUAAAGCCCUCGUCCCGUUAUCCUGUCUGCAGCAUCACAAAUGCCAAACCACUACUUGGAAUGCCUCAGGCUCAGCCUCUAAUUGGGAUGUACGUUACAAAGUUUUCUGUGGAUGCAAAUCCGCAUGAAAGCUCUGGGAUGCAGACGCUUUUACUCAGGAUAUGGGAAACCCAGCAAACACCAACGCCCUGGUCAUGAGCAACUUUGCUCCCAAGGUAGAUGAAAUGGAUUUUUUUUUGCGCUUUUUGUCAUGCAAAUUUAUGCUAAUAUAAUAUCUCUACUUUAUGUCAUUUGGUCUUUGCAUGAUGAAAACGAAAAACAACACCACGACUUCAAUGACAAAAGGUGCCGAAGAAGAACUUCACGGCCAUGACCCGAUUGGACCACCAUCGAGCGCUGGGUCCUAUCAAAAUCAAACCAAAAAAAACAUGUUCGCAUGAACAGUUCUGCAUUAAGGAGUGCAUAGUUUCUUUUGCACGAAAUCACAUUCAAAACGCGACCCAGAAGAUUGAACCAGUGUAAUUCUGCUCGUUCUUGCUCAAGUCUAGAGCAACUUGGUUUUUCCUCAUGAUGCGGUCUUGAUAAAUUCGAGAAUGUAGGUAGCGCUACAAAAAUCAACGACAACGUGUACUAGCACAACUUGAGAACCAGUGGUACGGAAGAAACUGGCUGCUGUAACGAAGUUAACGCGACUGAUGUUUUCCCCAUCCAUACCUUAAAUCGCGUUGAAAGCGGGCUGCAGUGUGAGGGACGUGCAGAAUGUGAUUAUUUGGGGAAACCACAGCAGUACGCAGUAUCCGGAUGUGAAUCACGCGACCGUGAGCGGCAAGCCGGUGCGACAGGUGUUGGGCGAUGACAAAUACCUAUCGACAAGGAAAGUGAAGGUGCGUCGUCAACAGAAACUAUGGCUGAGUUGUGACUGUGAGACAUACGCAUUUCAAAUUCUGUUUUGAAAGCCAAGUCAAAAUAUUUUCCCACGUCGACGUGUAGCAAUCUUCUAGCUGGUCGUACGACAAUAACGUAAAAGCAAUUUGAGAUGGUGCGUUGUAUCAUGAGGAUGAUCAUCUUCGCGGCAACAUUGGGUCGGCAUGUAGUAGUUCAUUUGCAUCUUGGUCAUCACGGUUUCAUUUCUAACGCACUACUUUCCUUAUCCUUAGAUAGCAACUCAAUGGGGAAUUCAUCGAACUGAUUCAGAAGCGAGGCGCCGCGAUUAUCUCAGCACGUAUUCUUAUUUGAAAAAAAAUGAUAUAUGUUGACUUUUUGAUGUGUUACGCCGGUCGCAUGAUAGUCCAGGCUUUUGAUGUCACUUUGGCUUUUCUCUUCGGAUUCGGAAAAACAACAAUGAGAAUACAGAAAGAUGACUCUGCUCCAAGAUGAACAUCUAGAUGUAGAUCUACAUCAAACACAAAGUAAAGUUUUUGGUCUCAACAGGUAAAGCAUCCUCCGCACUCUCUGCCGCCCGGAUAUCACAACGAAAAAAGCUAGCCGUAGCUGCGUGCAAUGUUUAUUAAACUGCUUUAUUUUCAUGAUGCAAAAAUAAAUCGGCGCCCGAAAUGCGAGUGCGUCUUUUUUUGCAUUUUGAAGGUGUGUGUCUCGAGUUUGUUGCAGCAUGUUGAUAACGGACACAGAUGUUAAUUCCCAUUCCGAAGGUCCGCGCCGAGUCCUCUGCUGUUUGUGCAUCUUGUAGGGGCGAGUGAUGGUGCAUAGAAAUAAAUAUGAUGCGCAGCUACAGCUAGCAAUGAGUUUCCGUGUGAUAAAGUGCUGCGGUGACACACAUGCGGUCGUGGUUCUGUGGAACGCAGUAUCAAGUGAAACAAAACUGCUCGCACCUUCGUCCCCAUUUGCGAUUUUUAAACCCGCUUGUGCUGGUCAUAGUCAACCAGAUUAACGGGCUCCUGCUCUUGCUGGGGUCAAUAAAAAAGACAAGCAACAAGCUUAUUCUUAAAAAAGUCCAGCACCUGGAUGUGCGGCGCGCGGUAUUUUGCCUUGCACUUGUAGUCCUCGUUUUUUGUAUGCCUCAUGAAACAUAUUUAUACCCAUAUUGGAUUGCCAGCCUCACAGUAGGUCACGAAAGGGACGACCUCACACACGAGUGAGAAGUUUUGUCAAAACUUGAUACCGAGCCGGGGGAGUACGUGUCUAUGGGGGUUUUGUCCGAUGGAAACGAAUACGGCGUCAAGCCCGGUAUAAAGAAUUUGUGUCAACAUUUCUUUUCUUUCUCUCUACAGAUGCAUGUUCGUCAGCAGUAUCCACCGGCAAGUAGAAGAAGUUCAAGGUUGUCUCUGUGGCUGUUCUACUUCAGCACUGGAAGUACCUAGGUGUCUUCACGACGGCAGUUUGAAGUAAGUACCUGACUGCUCCGCAUCAACUUCACUACGCAGGUUUGAUGUACUCCUUCCCCUGUGUGUGUAAGGAGGGACAGUGGUCGAUCGCAAACGGGCUCAAACUGGACACUUUUUCGAAGGACAAGAUGAAGGUGACCGAAGCCGAGCUCCAGGAGGAGAAGGAUCUGGCCUUCUCGCUGAUCUGAGCAUGGCUACUUACAGUGCUGUCGAAGCGAAGAUGCCACAGCAGCGAUUGCGGACCACUACGACACGACCCCGCCAUUGAAAAUGUUUAAUGUGAGUACUUCUACACAGAAAAAAAAAUCGUUCAGAUUCCCUUCAUCAUAUAAUUUUCCGCUCGUGUAAACAAAGCUUUUCGACAAAAAUGAAGAGGAAAUCAUACGACAAGCGCAAGUGAAAUUAUAAUCUAUGACAGACUUCAAGUUUUUCAACCUAUACCAAUACCUACCGUCAAGUUAAUUACCUAGACCUACCACGGGAAGUAUGUAAGUACCUAUUCGAGAUCCAGGUCAUAUUAAAGUUCGAUUGCGAUUUUAAGGGAGGACUCGAAAUGUUACGGAUAAAAGCACAGCAUAGACAAGGUCCAAAGAACUCACCUUGUUCGGCUGUGGUCUUUGCUAUAUUCGGCGCGAUUAUUUUUUGACGCACAUGAAGUGAUGUCAGUCCGCUUAUUUACUUAACAUUCUAGCUGUAAGGGACGAAAGAAUAAAGAGAAAGUUCUAAUUCAAGCACUGCCACUUUUGCGACGGUGCUUCUCUUCAGCACGACCGCGGCAUGUAAGGGACCGCUGGUCGUUAUCUUCGUUUGAUAUCCGCAGCCGGACGGAAAAAGAGAUGAACGCCGCCUCUUUAUAUACAUAGGUGUCACUCCACAUGAAUCAGCAUGAAGAUGAUCAUGGCCAGACCGACUUGCCUAUAGAAGCAUAAUGAUGAAGUGUGGUCGCAGACAAGCGUAAGGGCAAUGGAAGAAGAUAGCAUAGCACUACGGGAAUGAAAGUGAAAGCAAGGCUGUACAACAUGACGAAAGUUGUCACUUACCUGCCGCCUGG